AUGUCUACUGAGGUAAAUUGCAUAAACGGCGGCAAAUUGCAUAAAUCGGAAAUCCAUCAUCAGCAACAGGAAUCUCUAACGGAUGGAAUGGAAAACAGUGUUGUGCUAGCGACUACACCUUCAGCCGUUAAAUCAAUUGUAACUGAAGAAACGGAUUUUUUGCCGGAAACUACUGGUACCAAUAACCAUUCGGUUGGAACGCUAUGUCCCGCAUCUGGUUCUGGUUCUGGUAGAAGUCAAAAAUCGAAAAAGCGACAAAAUCAGAAAACCUUUAGUCUGAUGGAUAUUUUUGAUAUGCAUAAAGGAAUUGGAAGUUGGGCUGAUGCUGCUGCUGCUGAUGCUCACACAACCUCCUACUCGCCUUCUACGAUACAAGAAUCUUCCGACACAAAGCAGGUUUCUAAUGCACUUCAACAAACAAGUGCAUCACAACGAGGUGAUUGGAGUCAACAUCAGAAUACCGGCGGAAAUAUGCGUCCACCUCCGUUAGGUUUAGAUCGAGCAACACAUUCCAGAAAUAUGAAUUUGACUAAUUUGCCGGAUAGGCCACCAUUUGAAGUUAAAGUGGCCAAUAUUAAUUACAAGUCCUCUGACAACGAUCUCUUUUAUUUUUUUGGAGGUGAAAGCAGUGUUGUAAAUAUUCGUUCCGAAGGUCAAGCUGGCAGACGCGGUACUGCGAUUGUUUCGUUAUCAUCUCAAGAAGCGCUUGUGAACGCUUUAAAAUUGAAUAACAUGGAAUUACAAGGUCGUCCGCUGAGGAUAUCACUUCGAGAUCAUCAGUCUCGUCCAGCUUUUGGUAGUGGUAGAAUAUCUCUUCAAGAUCAACCUCGACCACCUUUUGGUAGUGGUAAUGUAGGACCCAAUAAUGCUUAUGGAAACUAUAGGAACAAUGGUAGCUGUCAUGAAGAAGGCUAUAGCACUUUGCCUCAUUCCCGCCGAGGACCUCCGCCGGUACCUUAUCAUGCCUAUAACACAGAUGGCCGUGCUAACCGAUUACAUCUUCAACACUGCUCUUCACAUCGCGGUCGAGAUAAUCGAAAAUACGACUAUGACAAUCGACUGUUUCGUCAUUCAAAGUCUGGAAACAACCAGUUUCCUCCUCGUUUUAUGAAUCGUGGUUAUAAUUCAUACGGCGUUGCUCCCAGGCCAUCACCACCCGUUGAAAAUUAUUUAUUUAGUCAUGGUGUGGAAAUGGAACAUGAUGCAGAUAAAAGAGGUCCUGGACGUAUUCGAACGGAAAGUGUACGAAGUAGUACUACAGAUGGUACCGAAAAGCAUGAAAGACGUAAGCUGCAACUACAACCUCGGACCAAACCUCUUAAUAGUACUGAAGAAGAUUUGCCUGCCAGACCAACUAGUAUUUUUGGUCUUGCGAAACCCGUAGAUACUUAUGAAAAAGAAAAGCAGGUAGAAGAACGAUUGCGAUUAGAGAACGAAGCAUUCAAAGCAGCCGAACAACGGUCGAGAAAGAGCAGCGAACGUGCUGUUUCCGUUCCCGCAUCUCCCUCGCUGCUUCAUGGUGAGGUUUCCAUAUUAACUGAAUCUUCGUUACAUUAUUAUCGUGAAAAUUAUCCACCACCAGUCCAGGAAGCUGUUCCGGAAGAAAAUUAUAAAUCAGUGGAAAGUGUUGAGAAGCUGACGACAACUUCACUCAUCCCUCAGUUGCCUACUAAUAAAGAGUGCGGAGUGGAACAGGCAGAAACGCCAUCUCUUGUGACUGCAUCAGCAUCAGCUCCACAACUUCCACCUUCAUCUCCCGAACCAUCUAUUUCAACAAUUCGCCGCGAAUCGCUUUCAAAUUGUCCUGAAAUGUCUGAGAUGCGUGCAUCUACAACAUUGCUUCGAACACGGAACACUUAUAAUAGAACAUUUACUCGCUCUCGUGAUUCUGUUCGUACGCAAUUUCCACCGAACAAAGUACAUAAUAUUCCAGUGCGUCGAGGAAAAAGUGGUUCACGUCGCGGUGGUGCUAAUAGUGGAAGUUUAGGAUCGAACAAAGACAAGCAUAUUGUACCUAGCAGAGAAAAAGUUGAUGGCCUUAGUGGUAGUUCAACUGUAGAGCCUGUUGUACCUAAUGGACCGAAACAACUUGAAAAUGGACCAAAACCGGACCAACAGUCGAUACGGAAGGAUGAAAAGCAUGAAUUCGUAAUGACAUCAAACAAGAUAGCGACAACAGCUGAACAACCAUGGCAACAGCACUCCGAUCAGCAAUAUUCUAAAAGAGAGAAGAAAAAACAGAUACCAGCAACGAAAGAAAUGCCAAAGUGUAUUAUUGAACCGAAGCCGUUUACAUUUUCAUCAGAAAACAAGUAUGCGGCACUUCUGGAAGCAGAUGAUUGA